AAUGGUGGGCUUUAGCGUCAGUUCCUGGUCCGCGGAGCUUGCUUGCUCGCUCGCUCCCUCGCUUGCUAGGGAGAGGGAGAGCAAGGCUGGACACUACCACUCUGCGUGCGCAAGUGGAAGCGAGAUUUCAGGCUCUCAUUCUGUUGCUGUUGCGCACGUGCGACAUUUCGAAUUACUCGAAGAAUCGGUGUGUGUGUGUGUUCAUGUCCACACUAGAUUUCCUGCAACAUGUUUGAAUGUUCCGAUUGUUUGUUGUGUUUUGUGGAAUAUUGCGGAAGCGUGGAGCAGGAGAAUCUUUUCCCCUAAGGGAACGUGUAGUUGUGAGUGUGGUGGCCAUGGAUGGCUGAUUGAAUUGCGGUGUCGAGCUCAGGGUUUUGGCAAAUCUGUUCAGGAGAUUUGUAGUGCGUGUUUGAAUGUUGGCUAGUCGGGAAUGAGAGGCGAUAUGGCAGGGGGGCAGAUGGCGCACCUUGUGUUCACUGGUGCCUCGUUCAAACCGCGCACUGCGCGAUUCCUUUUCAACUUGACUUCAUUAAGGUCUCUAUCACAUUGGCGAUCGAGUGCAUUUGCUGGGAGGCGCAAAUACUGCUCGAUGACUAUAGCUGCAACGUCUACAGAAAGCAGGGGGGAUCAUUAUGAGCAGGAGACGAUGGACGUCAGCCACGAGUGUUCUAAUAACUAUCAAUUAGGGUGGCGAAAGCUACAACGAGCCUCUGUAAAAUCCUUACUGUCGCAAGUCCAUGACGACACCAGGGAUCAGAUCAACCUGGAUCGUAGUACAAGAUUACAUACUGCGGCUGAUAACACCUCUUUUGUAUUACCCGUAACAAUACACAAUAAUUUAUCAAGUGACGGAGACGGUGGCAAAUUGUUCCAACUGUGCUGCAAGGGUGCAGCUGUAGUCGGGAGUUUUCUUUUGGUAGCUCUUUUGCUAAGGAAGGUGGGUUACAUGCGUCCUCAACCUUGGGGCAUUGACUCGACUGCCCUAUUAGAUGCUAUCAAGGUGUCCCCCUCUUUAGUUGGACAAGCUUUAUCACACACGUUUGACGGAGCUGGUGAUACUUUACUGGUAAGGCCUCAACAGAUGCGGCUGAAAGUUACACCGCCAAGUUUCUCAAUAAUGAAUUGGAACCUGACUCGACUAUCGUAUAUGCUUGAUGUUCUUCUUGAACGUCACCCUAUCACAUAUGUAUUGCUGUUAAUCAUGGCAUGCCUCACUUUGAUCAUAAUUGGAGGAGUGCUAUUCCAAAAAUACCGGGGAAAGCAAAGUCUGGGAGACGCUCUCUGGGACGCAUGGGCAUGCCUCUGCUCUUCUGGAACGCACUUGAGGGAGAAGACGCAAGAGGGACGUACGAUUGGGAUCUUUCUAGCUUUUGGAGGUCUUCUGUUUUACUCAUUACUGACAAGUACAUUGACGGCGCAGAUUAAGUUACGAAUGGAGUAUCUCCGCGAAGGAGCUCAUUCCCAAGUGAUGGAGAGUGGGCAUAUCAUUAUAUGUGGAGCCAACAACCAUAUCACAACUGUUCUGAAACAACUUAACAGGGCCCAUGAAUUUGCCAUACGUGAUGGUACUGCUGCUUCACGGAAGCAAACAGUUUUACUACUUUCUGAACGAGCAAGAAGGGAGACUGAGAGGCUUGUAUCGCCUGUUACCAAGGAAUGCACUCAAAUUAACAUUUUGACCCGAUGUGGUAGCCUCAGCAGCACGAGGUCUUUUUCGAAAGUUGCUGCUGACAAAGCUCGCUCCAUUGUUCUUCUGGCAAAUAAGGAUGAUCCAUAUGAAGCUGAUGCAGACAAUGUUCUAGCGGUUUUAGCCUUGCAAUCACUACUUGACGAACGUGCCCCUGGAAACGUCAUUGUUGAGGUAUCAAGGAAGAGCACUGCAGGCUUGCUGAAAACUUUGUCAGGGUUGAAAGUAAGCCCAGUGCAGAACUUAGCAUCCAAGCUCUUCGUCCAAUGUACUCGUCAAUGUGGCUUAGUAGAUGUGUAUCAACAGCUUCUUGAUCACGGCAAGACUGUCAUUAAUCUUCGAGGUUACCCAAGUCUUGCUGGAAUGUCAUAUGGAGAUGUCCGACGUGGAUUUCCGGAGGCUGUGGUGUGUGGACUCAUUCCGAAUGGAGGAGGCCCAGAUUUUCAUCCUAACGACACGCGCCUCUUGGAGUCAACUGAUAAGUUGCUAGUCAUAGCACCGAAACAUACUCAGCGCUUAGCCCCCCCAGCACUCUUAGCCAAAGCAGAGGAAAGGCUGAGAAUCACAAGUUCUAGUGAAGCGUCCACUUCUGAUCCAAUCCCUGUUUCAACAGAUUCAGUUGAAUCCAACAGUCUGGCUAAAUUUUUAAAUCGAAAAAAGAAGCCAGUCUCCAAGACAGCUGAUUGGAGUGCUACAAGGAAAGAACGAAUCAUCAUAUUAGGGUGGCGUCCUGGUGUCAGCGAGAUGGUGUGGGAAUACGAUGAUUAUGUCGGCCCUGGUAGUGAACUGAUCAUACUAGCAGAGGCUCCUGUGGAAGAAAGAAAGGCCUGCCUGGCUAGAAGAAAUGAAAGAUUGCUACGCAAUAUUCAUGUAGUUCACAAGAUCGGCAAUCCUAUGAGUCGAACAGAUCUGCAAGACGCGAUUCUGGAUAGUAAUCCAUUGAAUCUGCACAAGGAAGUGAAGUCAGCAGCUGAAGAGUCCGAGAAGAUUCCAUUUUCGAUUAUAGUUGUAGGAGAUCGAGGGUGGCAUGCAGGAGACUCAUCCAGACCGGAUAAGCAAUGUGUGUUUGCGUUGCUGUUAGCGGAAUCAAUCUGCAAGGAGUUCAAGGUUAAGGUUACAAGUUUAGUGGCUGAAUUUGUGGACACCAAGCUGGGGAAGCAGGUGGUUAAAAGUCACCCUUCUCUCACGUACAUAGGAACCAGUGACCUGACGGGGCUUGUAACUUCUCAAGUGGUCGAGCAUAGGGAGUUGAACGCCGUCUGGACAGAAUUGCUAAAUUCCUGGGGGAACGAAAUAUACAUGAAGGGAAUACAACUAUACAUAAAAGAGGGCGAAUCACCAUCUUUUUCUGAGCUUCAAGAACGGGCUGCAUCGCGGUCUGAAGUUGCUAUAGGUUACCGACAUAAUAACAAAGUGGUUCUGAAUCCAGACUCUAAGGAGAAACCUUUAGAAUUUAAUGAAGGAGAUUCUCUCGUUGUAAUUUCAGAAAAUGAGUAAUUAUUGGGUAACUCGUUGCUUCUCAUUUUUUAGCUGCGUCAUAUGAACUAUUAGUCCUCGUUGAUGUCCUUUCGAUCAUAAUGCGAUAGGAACUUGUCAAAUCAUACGUGGAAACGCAUGAUUUUUAUUGCAUGUGCAGUUUGCAUGGCAAUUGACACCCACAGCAUGAAGACAGGUCCAUGGAGACCACCGAUGCAAAGCAGCAUCGAACACAUACAUACAUUCAUAAUUUAACGAUUUUUAUUAUUACUGUGUAUUGAA